CUCAACAUGGCUUCUACUGGAGAUAUCGAAAAGUCGCAUCAUACGCAAGAAGUAGACCUCGAAAGUCCUGCUCGCAAUGCGAGCCAUCACAGCAUUCCCAUAGAUCGCACCGCUGAACGUCGCAUGGUCCGAAAAUGCGAUAUCCACGUAAUACCGGUCCUCUUCGGUCUCUAUCUAUUCGCCUUCGUGGACCGCAUCAACAUCGGCAAUGCGAAGAUUCAGGGUUUGCAGCAGGAACUCCAUAUGAGCGGCACACAAUAUAACGUCGCGCUUUUGACCUUCUUCCCAACUUAUGUAUUGCUGGAGAUCCCUGCGAACCUGCUGAUGAGGAGGAUCCGGCCGUCUACAUGGCUCUCAGGGCUAAUGUUCAUGUUUGGCAUCGUCACCAUGUGCCAGGGCUUCACGCGCAGUUAUGGAGGUCUCGUCACAUGUCGCGUUAUUCUAGGAUGUAUAGAAGCAGGCGUCCUUCCCGGAUGCAUCUACCUCAUCAGCAUGUACUACAAGCGCGCCGAGCUGCAAAUGCGAUACACAGCCUUCUUCAGCUCCGCCGUCGUAGCAGGCGCCUUCGCCGGCCUCCUCGCAUAUGCGCUCGCCAAAAUGCACGGCCUCGGCGGUUACUCGGGCUGGCGCUGGAUCUUCAUCAUCGAAGGUCUCGCAACAAUCACCUACUCCGCCCCUGCAAAGUUCUUCAUCCCAGAUUGGCCGGAGCAAUGCACUUUCUUAACUAGCGAAGAGAAGCGUAUCUUACAAUCCCGCAUGGCAAUUGAUAACGCUAGCGAUGAAGCUCGCAUGGACCGCCUCGACAAAGCUGCUUGGGCACGCAUCCUCAAAGACUGGAAGAUAUGGAUUGCCUCCAUAAUGUACUUCGCCCUCAGCGUACCCGGUUACUCCACACUCUUCUUCAUACCUUACAUCCUGAACCAAUUCGGCUGGGUCGCCGAAGAAGCACAACUACGCACGAUCCCCGUGUACGUCGUCUGCACCGCUACCAUGUUCAUCGCAGCCUACCUCUCCGACCGAGCCAAGCACCGCUACACCUUCUUCAUGAUCGGUACUGCGUUCAAUGCAAUGGCGUAUAUCAUCCUCCUUUGCCAGGGUCCUCCGGCGCCCCAGGGCCUGUCGCGUGACGUGCGCUACAUGGCAGUGUUCUUCGCGCUUAUCGGACAGUACAUUUCCACGCCUAUGGUCGUCGUCUGGCUGUCCAACAACGUUUCUGGUCACUACAAACGCGCUGUUGGCACGGCCAUUGUCGUUGGCAUUGGAAAUGCCGGGGGUAUCGUGGGGAGUAAUAUUUACUUGCAGAGUGAGGCGCCGAUAUUCAAGACGGGGUACGGGACUGCGCUGGCGAUGGUGCUGGUGAGUGGGCUGGCGGCGACGGUGUUUUGGGCGGGGUUGAGAAAGGAGAAUAGAGUGAGGGAGAGGGGCGGAAGGGAUUGGAGGCUGGGUUUACCGGAGAGCGAGAGGGAGAAUUUGGGGGAUGAUUAUCCCUCUUUCCGGUUUAUGGGAUGACGUGGAUGUGGGGAGUGAUUAUCGAUUAGAGGUAUGAACACCUUGCGCCCCUCUUUAAGCCGUUGGUCUUCUUCAAGCUCGAGGCUGCCUCGUCAUAAACAGAAGUUUUGGUUUCCUUCUCCCAGCGAACUCUUCUCCAACCUCGAACUGCAUUUCCUCAAUCUCCGUGCGCAGGCCGCAUUGCUCGUAGAGCCGCCGUGCUACGGGGGUUCCCUCGACGACCGCCUACAGGAUCGCAUCGUUAGCCAUUGCGCGAAAACAGAAGUAGGCUUCGGAUUUCUUAACACCACUCCGCAAACAUGUCGAAGACGUAGGGCAGGGCAAAGAGGAAGCAAACAAAUGACAUCAUUACCUUCACACCCUUCUCAUCCGCAGCUUUCGUCCCCCACUGAACGAGCGCCGUGCCCGCACCCAGGCGCUGGUACCCCGGAUGCACAGCCAACAAUUCGAGCACUACAC